GCUCUGCGCUGCGCUAGGAGCCAGACGGCAUCGCGGCUGCAGCUCCCGCCGCUCGCCCCGCAGCCGCGGGAGGAGGUGUCCGCCCGGCGCCGGGGUCCCCAUGCACCGGCCCGGGGAAGGCGCCUGGGGGGUCCCCGGGGCCCGGGCAGGCGUGGGGCUGAGCGGGGCCGGAGCGAGCUGGGCUUGAUCCCGUGCAGCCUCCGGGCCGGGGGGAUGCCCCAGCCGCGGGGAGAGCGGCUGCCCUCGCCCCCCGCUGCCCGCGCCCCCGUGCCCGAUGCAGCCGCCGAGCAGCCGGGCUCGGUAGCCAGCCCGCCCCCGGGGGGGAGCAGAGCCGCGGACCCCGCCGCGCCCGAGGAUUGUCUUGGCGGCGGGGGCUGAGCUGCGCGCCCGGGAGGGGGCUUCCUCCCCCGGCACCCCGCUCCCGCCCCCGGGGCUGCAGCCGGACCCCCCGGCGCCGGGGCGGACUCGAUUCCCCGUGCGGCUCGGCCAGCCCCAGCUGGGGCGGCGGGGGAGCCCGCAGCAUGCGGCGGCUCCGGAGACUGGUGCAUCUGGUGCUCUUCUGCCCGCUCUCCAAGGGCUUGCAGAGUCGUCUCCCUGGCAUCAAAGUGAAAUAUCUUUUCCUUGCCUGGCUGGGCAUCUUCGUGGGCAGCUGGGUGGUGUACAUGCAUUACUCAUCCUAUUCCGAACUGUGCAGAGGUCACGUCUGCCAGAUGAUAAUCUGCGAUCAGUACAAGAAGGGGAUCAUUUCUGGUUCAACGUGCAAAGACCUGUGUGAGGAGCACACCCUGGUGUUCCAGCAGUGUCUUUCCUCAUCCCCCACUCAGCAGGUGUACAGGGGGCGCUGGAUGGAGAAAGAAGUGAUCAUUAAAUGUGGUAUUGAAGAUGCUUUAAAGGCCGACAGCAAGCCCGAUUCAGUGCCCAGAAGGGACCUGGUUCUCUUUGACAAGCCUACAAGAGGGACAUCCAUGGACGAAUUCAGAGAGAUGCUCCUGAACUUCCUAAAAGCUAACCUAGGAGAUCAGACAUCACUUGCAGCCUUGGUGAACCAAAUCAUCACCAUGGCAGAUGUGAACAGAGAUGGAAAAGUAUCUCUGGCAGAGGCCAAAUCCAUCUGGGCUCUACUUCAUCUAAACGAAUUCCUGCUCAUGCUCUCCUUGCAUGAGAAAGAGCACACCUCCAAAUUGCUGGGGCACUGCGGGGACCUGUAUGUCACAGAGAAGAUCCCUCACAACUCCCUCUACGGUACUAAUGUCCCUCACUUCUUCCAGCCAUUGCUGCCUUCAGCCAUCCAUCGGAUUAUUCACCAGUGGUUUGCUCCAGCCUGGCCCAGGAGAGCAAAAAUUGCCAUCGGCCUUCUGGAGUUUGUGGAGGAGAUAUUCCAUGGGACGUACGGGAACUUCUACAUCUGUGAAACUAGCUUUAAGAACGUGGGCUACAACGACAAGUAUGACUUCAAAAUGGUCAAUCUGAGGAAGGUGGCAACAGAGAUGACAAUCAGAGGUUUCCUCAAGGGACGUCACUGUGAGCAGAACGUGGACUGCACCUAUGGGAAGGACUGCAUGGCAACUUGUGACAAACUCAUGAAGCAGUGCAAGGGUGACAUGGUCCAGCCCAACCUAGCAAAAGUCUGUGGGCUACUGCAGGAUUACUUGCUGUACGGAGCUCCGUCUGACUUGAAAGAAGAGCUACAGAAGCAGCUACGAACUUGUAUGACCCUUAGUGGCCUGGCUAGCCAGAUGGAAGUGCAUCACUCACUUGUGUUGAAUAAUCUCAAGACCUUGCUUUGGAAGAAGAUUUCAAAUACCAAAUAUUCCUAACAGGGCAGCCGUGGUAGUGGGCUAUAGUGUUGGUAUCCAGUUAAGGAUAGAAGGUCAUGCCUCUUCGUUCCGCCAGAGGAAAUGCACCAGAAACAGGUAGUUCACAUGGCUGCAGCCCUUUUUCCUUCAUGAAUUCCCCCCUCCCCCCCAGUAAAGCAUCAAUGACCCAUGCCACUCAGCAAAAUCAUCAACAGCGUGCUUUAGGUCUGUAAAGAACAUGAUGCAAAGUAGAAAUACCAAGAGCCUGGCUGAAUAGUUUUGGGGGAAGAAGAUAAGAGGAACCAGAGUCGCGCUGCACCUCUUUCCUGCUAAUCAAGGAACAAUCAGAGAAUGAAUCAUCAUGCUGUAAUUGUCAUAUCUUAUUUUGAUGAACACCUCUGAUGUAAAUAAAUAGCUUUUGUGGGAGUA